GUCAAAGGCCAAUGGAUGUGCGGGGGCGGGGCUUCGCCGCUGUUCCGCACCCUCAGGCCUGUGGGCGUGGUCUGGGUGUCUACGCCAAUGAGAGUAUGGAGGCGGGGACUGAAUAGGAGCCGGAAACGGCGGCCGCCGAGGGGUCUCUGCCCGCCCGCCUUCAUGCUGCCCCUGCGCCUGCGCCGGCUGUGGCCCCACAACCCUCCCACUCGGUUCUUCGCAGCGGCCGCCCGGCAGCGGUUUGGGCCUCUCUCCACAGGUCUGGCCCCAGUAACUACUAUGAACUGUUGGGGGUGCAUCCUGGUGCCAGCGCUGAAGAAGUUAAACGAGCUUUCUUCUCCAAGUCCAAAGAGGAUAGGUCAUGGGAAGGGAGAUGAGGGGAGUCCUGCCCCACCCCAGCUGCACCCUGACCGGGACCCCAGGAACCCAGCCCUGCACAGCCGCUUUGUGGAGCUGAGUGAAGCCUACCAAGUGCUGAGCCAUGAGCAGAGCCGCCGCAGCUAUGACCACCAGCUCCGCUCGGCAGCUUCCCCAAAGUGUCCAGGAACCACAGCCCAUCCCAGGUCUGCUCAAGAGGCACACAGCAGCUCCUGGGCACCCCCCAAUGCAAAAUACUGGGCCCAGUUUCAUGAAGUGAGGCCUCAGGGACCAGAGUCAAGGCAGCAGCAGCACAAGCACAACCGGCGGGUGCUGGGGUACUGCCUCCUGAUCAUGCUGGCAGGCAUGGGCCUGCACUAUGUUGCCUUCAGGAAGCUGGAGCAGAUGCAUCGUAGCUUCAUGGAUGAAAAGGAUCGGAUCAUCACAGCCAUCUACAAUGACACUCGGGCCCGGGCCAGGGCCAAGAGAGCCAGGCUCCAGGAGGAGCAACGGCUGGGGCCGCAGCUGCAGCCACCACCCGGGCCUCCUCAAGGCCCCGGGAUCGUGCCCCCCGGCCCCAGCCCCUGAGCGGUUCACCUUGGAGAGCACACCUUGGAUGGGGCCUGCGGUGUGCUCCCUUCUGGGACACCCCACUCCCCAAAACGCGUGCAAUAAAGUGAUUCUCAGA